AUGAUCGGUCUGGUGUGGUCGCUGGUUUCGUCAGUGGUGGAAACAGCUCGAAGGAGGAGGUUGGCCGCAUUUCUGGCCGACUUUCUCGCUCAUGUCGAGAAUGAUGGACUAAUGAUUGUUUGCCGACACAUUACAUCAAUCACAUCCUCACCAUCAUCCACUGGCCUAAUGCGAUUCUCCAGUGAUCCGCAAAUUUCUACUGUAAGUAAUAACAAUCGAUCGGUGCUGUACAGAAAUGAACGAGCCGAAGUAGUCACUGAAAAAGCUGAGCAGUUGAAGCCGUCACAGUGGCGCUUUGUGAAGGGGAGUGUGGUACCACCAACGGCAUCGGAAAAUCGGGUGUUCUUCAUUGCUCAACGGACAUCCGUCAACGAUUCGACCAUCAGCACAUCACAAACUGCCUUUGAUGUCGUGCCUUAUUGCAGCAUUUUUUUGGAUUCGAGUUGCGAGCGGGUGGGUUGGCAUCGAUUCGCUAACGCUUUGCUCUACUCCUGUCCUCUUGACAGAUUCGUUGAUGUCGUCUAUGCUUUCUCUGAAGGGGCUCUCUUCGACAAUCUCACUGAUGCGCGGCUCAUCGACAGCCUUAACACUGUUUCGAUGCCGUACAACGAAAUUUCCGACAGUAUCAUCAGGGCAGAUUCUCCACUCGCUCAGUCGCUAACUCAUCUUAAUCAGGUCAGUGCACCAUAG